UGCCCUAGUUGUUUGCUUAUCGCAAAAUGUUCAAAGAAAGCAACCACCACAACAAUUCAAAUUAACAAUAAAACCUAAUCAAUUUGACUAUAUUUUCAAGGAAUCGCGACCGCUGCGACAACGGCCAAUACUUAAACAAAAUCAACACCGCCAAGCGAGCCAUACUAAGCAGCGCUUCGUCCAAUUGAAUUGCAAAUCGGUUGGCACAGUUGUGUGCGAUCGCUCGUUUCGGUAAGAGUGAUUAUUCUCAGCGCUUUUUCUCAAACGGUUCGAAGGCAAAAACAAAACCAAAGUCCAAUAAACAAAACACGACACUUUGUUUAUUUGCAAUUACAUAGAAAAUUUGCAUAAAACGGCUGAAAAUAAAUUUCUGUUGAAAUUUAUAUUUGAAAAUGUUAUUGCACGGUUCGAGGAAAGUGACCACCUGUGACACGGAGCCCGAGAGGGUUCAUGUCCAAGUACAACAUAUCUCACAAUGGCUAAAGGAGAAUCCUAAUGUAAAUGCCAAUAGUGAAUAUGAGAAUUUAUUUUUCUUUCUAAGAAGCUGCAAGUAUGAUACCGAGCGAACAAAGAAAAAAAUUAAAAAUUUCUACCAGAUGCGUGCGGAACGUGUCGAAUGGUUUGCUAACAGAGAUCCGUUUUUACCAGAAAUACAAGCGCUACUUGAGCUGGGCGUAUUUUUGCCCGUUGGUGGUGUGGAUUCAAAGAAUCGUAAGGUGGUGAUAAUACGAGCUGCCGCACAUGAUCCGAAACUACAUUCCCAGAAUAAUGUUUUUAAGGUUAGCAAAAUGGUUUUAGAUUUGCUACUCAAAUACGAGCCAGACAAUUGUGGGCGUGGCAUUGUGGCUAUUUUCGACAUGGCCGGUGUACAGCUGGGACAUGCGCUGCAAUUAAAUGCAAGAAUGAUAAAACAUUCCGUGGAAAGUUGGCAAGCCUAUCCAUGUCAACCGAAAUUGUUGGAGUUUAUCAAUGCGCCGACACAUGUCAAUAUCUUCUUGAACACCUUCAGAUUAUUUAUGUCACCGAAAAUGCGUUCUCGUGUUGUUGUACAAAAACGUUUAACUACAGUGGAGUGUGACGAACUACCAAAAGAUAUAGGCGGCAAAGGACCCAGCUAUAAAGAGCUUGCUGUGAAAUGGAAGGAACUUGUAGAGGACAACAUUGACUUUUAUCAUGAAAAUGACAACUAUAAAAGUAAACUGGUAACAUGAGGGCCUUGGCAGCCUAUUGGGAGGAACACUUAUGAAGUUGCGUCCAUUUCUUUUAUACUAAUUGCAUACAAGUAGAUUAUAAAAAUAUUUCAUAAGUUAGGAAUUAGUUGAGGAAUAAAUGUAAAAAAAAGAAGAGUGGGUGGGUUGAAGUGGGUGUGUUGUAAAGGGUCUUUCAAAAGAAUAUUUUAAAAUAAAACAUGUACAAAUUUAAAUUCUUUCAGGUUUCACAAUUUUUGUUCAAAAUACAGCUCUUAACAAUUAUAUGUGAAAAAUUACAUAAUUUAAAUGUCCACCACGAAUAUGUCUACAGGUAAAAUCUGCUAAACAGUUGAUUUUAGAAUACCUGCCAUUGUUGAGAAUGUCGAGAGAUCGAUGUUGAAGAUUAUUCAGCUACACUUUACGCUACAGCAGCAGCAGCAGUAUUCUCAAUAGAACGCCCAGUUUUGCCAGUCAUUUUUAUAUCCUCGACAGAACCAGUUUUUGAAAAUUUUCAUUCAUACGAUUAUUUCCACAAAAAAAUCACGAAUUUUGCUAUAAGUUGCUGUUAAAGAACUAUUCAUAAUAACAAAUAUCAAAGAUGGCACAAAAAAGGUAUUGUCUGGGAAUUAUUCACUACUGACAUGUGGCAUCACUUUUGAAAGAUCCCUAAUAUUUCAGCUUAAUGUUUUGCGUUUUAGGAAUUUAUAUAAUAUUACAUAUUAUGUGACCUUUAACAUAAUUUAUGGAAUAUGAUAUUCGUUAAGUGCCUGACUCUAGCCGUGCCGCGGAGGUGAGCUCUUUUAAACACACUUCUUUCCCAAUUUCCAAUCCUUCCGGCAUAGCACCUACGUACUUGGACAUUCAGCGACAAUUUUUCAUUUUGACUCAAUUGACGAUCUGCCUUACUAUUGCAAAUACAGUAUAUGUACAUAUAUCACCCAUUGUAUGGAAAUUUCAAAAUUAUUCAAUACACCAAUAAAUGGAUUGUCUUUUUCAUACGCAACUCACACCAAAAAAGUCAAAUAAUUUUCUCCGCGUGUUUAACAUUAAAAAUCAAUAUAUGUAUAGUAUAAUAAUUUCGAUUUUUCGGCCAUUAAUUUUUAUAAACUUACAGUUUUUGCUUUCAUAAAGUUCGAAAGUGACACAGUAGCUUAUAUUCUCUAAAUUCGUAAAAGAAGAUAAUAUAUCUCCACUUUCCCCACCCAAAUAAUUGACUUAUCGCAUCGUAAGCCGCAGAUUUGUACGUGCGCUAUAUAUGUAUGUAUAUUAACGUAAUAAUACUUAUACAUCCGCCCUAAAUCGUAUUUAGUAAAUACUUCACAAAAAUAGAAAUUGUGAAUUAUUUUCCCUUGGUUGAUUAGACUCAUAUCAGUAUCGUUUAUUUUAAUUGGUCUCAUUUACAUAUGUGUCUACGUAUAUGUAAAUACUAGUUAUACAUGUACACACAUUAGGGUAUAAAAAUUUAUAUAAUUUAUAUUUAUAUUAAUAUUAAUAUGUAUAAGAGCAUUUGCAUGUGUAUGUAUAUACAAUUUUAUGGGUGUAGUUGUAUACAUUUUGCGCGUGUUAUUAUAUUUUUUACUUUUUAUUUCCUGCAUGAGUAAAAACUUUUUUUAAUUAUACACUCUGGAAAGUUGUAUAUAAAUAGAAUUACUUAUUUCAUGUAUUUCUCGGGUUUUAUUCAACCUGUUAGAAUUUAAGAAAAUUUCAGCUCAGUCGAAUUGUAUUACAGAUGGCAGAAAAAUAUGUGGAUUAUAGUAAAAUAUUAAAUAUAUAAAUAAAAUGUUUUGAUUUCUCUGUACGAAUCGAUGGAUAAGUUGGGUAAUUAAAUCAAUCUAUUUGAUACAGUAGCAUCACGUUUAUAUUUUUUUAUUGAGUUUAAGUGCCUUCCUGGAACAAGGUCUGUUUUUUUCGGAAUUACCUUAGAGUUACCGACAUUUGAUGGGUACAACCACUUUUUCUAUCGUCGAAACUUAUAAAACAAGUUUUUAAAUCCCAAAGUGAUUCAAAUUAAU